AUGUCACAAGUAGACGAUAAGGUGGUGUGCAAUGAAACAGUAUGCGACUGCGGAGGCAUAAAAGGUAACCCUGGAGACCCUGGGCCACCAGGCUUUCCUGGUUUACCUGGGGAAUAUGGCGAUGAUGGCCAAGAAGGCCGUAUGGGCAGAGCAGGUGAAAUCGGCAGUGAGGGUGAUAUUGGAGAUUAUGGCGAUAAAGGAGAGAGGGGCCCACAAGGAUUACAAGGUAUUUCGGGAACCAUGGGUUUAGAUGGCUGCAGUGGUAUUGAUGGUGUGAUGGGUCCACCGGGACCAGUCGGUAGGCCUGGUAAAAGAGGACUACCUGGUUCAUACGGAGAUAAAGGGUUUAAAGGAUUCCCAGGUGAUGGAGGAUCCAAUUCCAAUGGAGUGGCUGGUCAACCAGGAACACCCGGUCGCUAUGGAGAAUCUGGACGUAGAGGACAGAUUGGCUAUAGAGGAUACAGUGGAGAACGAGGUGAAGAUGGUGAUAUGGGUAUAAUAGGGUAUCGAGGCGAAGCGGGGUAUGAAGGAGACAUUGGCGAUGAUAAUAUUGGAUCGCCGGGACAAAAAGGAGAGCGUGGACUACCAGGCGAACCGGGUAGAAAAACCGAAAUUAUUUUACCAGUUAUUAAUAAUUCGACUUUAUUUACAAAAGGAGGGAAGGGGGCAAUGGGUUACAAGGGUGACGGAGGUGAUAAAGGUGAUAAGGGAAGACAGGGCUCAUUUGGUCAACCGGGUGCACCUGGUUAUGAUGGAAUAGACGGCAUUAAAGGAGAUCAAGGCGAGCAAGGACCUAGAGGAAAACCUGGCCACAGAGGUCAAUAUGGUCCCCCAGGACCAAAAGGAGCUAAAGGAGCCCCAGGUUAUGCUGGUCUGGACGGUGAUGAUGGUAUUCCAGGGAGACCUGGUCCGGAUGGAUAUUCAGGCAAUCCAGGACCUCAAGGAUUUCCAGGAGCUCCGGGAAAAUAUGAUCCAACAAUAUAUGUUGAGCCAAUAAUAGGAGCUGUAGGACCACAGGGACCUCAAGGACCAAUAGGGGAAAAAGGAACACCCGGUUAUGAUGGAACUGUUGGACCUCCAGGCAUUGUAGGGGCACCUGGAUCACCUGGAAUAACAGGCAUGCCAGGAAAAAUAGGAAAACCUGGUAUUUCACCAAAAGGUGAACCAGGGAAUGAUGGGUACAAAGGAGAACCUGGACUACGUGGUCCUACAGGUUACCCUGGACCUCGGGGUAAGAUAGGUGCAAGAGGUUUGCCAGGUUAUAACGUACAUGGUCCAAAGGGAGAUGAAGGUGAACGCGGUAACAACGGUUUUCGUGGAAUACAUGGUGAACGUGGUAGUCAAGGAUUGAUGGGUUUACCUGGAAUUCCAGGAAUAGGAGUGAAUAUUACAGGUCCACAGGGAGAUCCUGGUAGACCAGGAUCACCUGGAAUUAUCGGUUAUCCCGGAGAACCUGGUAUCCCUGGCUUCGAUGGAGUUAAGGGAUCCCGCGGCGAUGACUGCCCAUACUGUCCAUCAGGAUUACCUGGGGCGAAAGGUGUUAAAGGUGAAGAUGGAGUUAUAGGGCAAAAGGGAUACCCUGGUUAUAUUGGUUUACCGGGACCCCGGGGAUAUAAAGGCCUCGCUGGAACAGCCGGAACACCAGGAUAUAAAGGAGUAAAGGGAAUAAAAGGAUUACAAGGUGAAACAGGACCAGAAGGAGCAAAAGGAAGGGAUGGGAAGCUUAAAAUGCCACCGCUUUCACAGAUAUAUAAAGAUAAGGGAGCGCCGGGAGAUAUGGGUUUUGCGGGUGACCAGGGUCUACCCGGUAACGGAGGUUUACCGGGUGAUCGAGGUGAAGCUGGACUAAAGGGCUACAAAGGCUUGAUGGGUUAUGAUGGCCUGCCUGGUCGACAAGGAUAUGAUGGACUAAAAGGCCGAGAUGGAAUCCCUGGUAGACCUGGUGCAGAUGCUCAUAUACCAUAUGCAUUCCUUACUGGUCAAAAAGGAGUGCCUGGACGAAAAGGCGAGGCCGGCGAUACCGGCGAUCCGGGUAUACAAGGAGAACUGGGUGAUUCUUCUGCGAAUUUAUUAUACGAUAAAGGCGAUAUGGGUUACCCAGGACCACCAGGACAGCAAGGAUUCCCCGGUAGAAAAGGUGGAAAAGGACUUAGAGGUUUAGAUGGGCAACCUGGAGCCAAAGGAAAAAUGGGGAACACUGGCAUAUCUAUACCGGGCGAAAAAGGGUAUAAAGGAAUGUAUGGAGUAAAGGGUGAAAUAGGACCCUAUGGAAAUCCUGGUCGGCCAGGCCAGAGGGGUCCUUCUGGGGACAAUGGUCCAAAAGGGAGAAAAGGAUUACGUGGAGAUGCUGGUCACGCUUACCUAGCAGGUGAAAUGGGUAUUGAUGGAAGUCCUGGUAAUCACGGAGAUCAAGGUGAACCAGGAUACCCAGGAAUGUCUGGACGUGAGGGUAGUAUUGGUGCAAAAGGUGAAGUAGGUCCACCCGGUGAUGACGGUCAAGAAGGACCCGAAGGUCCACCGGGACGCAAAGGAUUUCCUGGUAAUGUACAACAAGGUCCUCCUGGGCUUCCAGGACUCAAAGGAGCUCCAGGAAAUAACGGACCAUUUGGAGAUCCGGGUCCAGAUGGAUCUCAUGGCUACAAAGGCGAUGAGGGACCUAAAGGGUUGAAAGGUGAAUCUGGUCGCAACGGACUUCGAGGUCGAACGGGAGACCAAGGAAUGGAUGGUUGGAAAGGGUUUCCAGGUAAUUUUGGUACACCGGGGAUCAGUGGAGAUUCAGGUGAUAUUGGUGAUUCAGGCCGUCGUGGUGAUGAUGGAGAUCCAGGUUUUACUGGUGUGAUAGGACGUCGUGGAGUCAAAGGACAGCGUGGAGAUAUUGGAGUUACAGGCGAACCUGGUUUACAUGGUCACCCUGGUAAUAAUGGAUCUAUGGGUGAAAGGGGUUUACCAGGCCAAAAAGGUCCUCGAGGUGAAGAUUCUCUUCAAGGAUUAAAAGGCGAAAAGGGAGACGACGGAAAAAUAGGUUUACAAGGUAUUCCAGGACGUCAUGGUAUACCUGGAUCAAAAGGAGCUAUGGGAAAUCCUGGAGUACGGAGAAGAGGCGUUCCAGGGGAUAAAGGUGAAAAAGGAAAUCCCGGUUAUAUAGGAAGCAAAGGUCUUAAGGGAAUAAAAGGAAAAAGAGGAGAUGCUGGUUACUUUGGAGAGAAGGGUGACAAUGGUGAAAUAGGAUAUAUAGGUUCUAUAGGAUUAAUAGGAAAAACAGGAUUACCUGGGUUUAGAGGUGAAAAAGGUAAAGAAGGAUUACCUGGAUCUGUUGGUAUAAAAGGUGAAGUGGGUAUGUAUGGUGAACCAGGAUACAUGGGUAUGCCUGGUCUCCCAGGAGAUGUAGGCCCUGAUGGUUUGAGGGGCGAAAAGAGGGGAUACACCUGGAUUUCAAGGAGAUACUGGGAACCAGGAUUUUCUGAAAUAAAAGGUCUAAAGGGAGAGCGUGGGGACAUUGGUAAAAAAGGAUUGGAUGGUGAUAUGGGGCUACAAGGAAUAAAGGGACCAAAAGGCGACCAGGGACUUCCAGGAAUUUCUGGCUUAAAUCAAUUAAUAUGUGAUAUUUGUAAACCUGGUGAACCAGGAGUUGACGGUCUACCCGGAUGGGCAGGGCCUAUGGGGCAAAAGGGUGCUCCUGGUGAAUUUGGUAUUGAUGGACCUAAGGGUAAACGAGGACACCCAGGAUUAUCGUUUGAGGGACAGAAGGGAAUUAAAGGUGUAAGAGGAAAUCCUGGCAAAAAAGGUUUACCUGGACGUGUCGGCAUGCCGGGUCUCCAAGGUACCCCAGGAUUAAAAGGCAGUAGAGGUGAUACAGGUGAACAAGGAUUAGCUAUAAGUCGUAAAGGCGAACAAGGUCAAUUCGGAGAAAAAGGUGCCCAAGGUUUUAUCGGUGAUAAUGGAGAAACGGGUGAUUUUGGUGUUAAUGGUUAUAGAGGACCAACUGGAUUAACUGGUCUAAAAGGAUUCCCAGGCGAUGAAGGCAUAGAAGGAAUUUCUGGAAUGUCUGGCAUCAAGGGUAGAAAGGGAGAUCUAGGUGAGAUCCUAAUUCCACCACCAGGCCCUCGGGGGGAUCCGGGGGAUAUUGGAUCUAUAGGUUUUCAAGGCACUUCUGGAAUCCCAGGCAAUCCUGGACGAAACGGCAUUAACGGCAGCAAAGGAGAACGAGGUAAUCCCGGUUUACCUGGUCCUAUCGGAUCUACUGGUUUGGAAGGGUAUGAAGGCAGAAAAGGUGUGGUAGGUUUAAAAGGCUUUCAAGGGCAACGUGGUGAUAGCGGGCCACCUGGUAGUCCUGCCCUACGACCUCAUCCUAAAUCCAGAGGUUUCUUUUUUACAGUUCAUUCUCAGACGGAAAUGAUUCCCCAAUGCCCAGAUGGCACUUCUGCUCUGUGGGAUGGUUUCUCGCUUAUACAUAUUGUCGCCAAUGCCAAAGCACAUGGACAAGAUUUAGGCGCUCCCGGAAGCUGUCUGCGAAAAUUUUCAACAAUGCCUUAUAUGUUUUGUAAUAGAGUUCAAUUUAUGGAUAAAUGUGAAUUUGCUCAAAGAGAAGAUUACAGUUUUUGGUUAUCAACUAAUGAACCUAUGCCAAUGUCUAUGACUCCUAUACAAGCUAGAGACGUCGGGAUGUACAUAUCUCGUUGUCAAGUUUGUGAAACGCCAACACGAGCUAUUGCCAUACACAGUCAAAGUACGGAGAUACCAAACUGUCCUAAUGGUUGGGACCAAUUAUGGAUGGGAUACAGUUUCCUUAUGCAUAUGGCCGGUUCAGAUGCAGCUGGACAAAACUUGGCGUCGCCCGGAUCUUGUUUAAGGGAUUUCCGUACGAGGCCCUUCAUUGAAUGCAAUGGACUAGGGCGAUGCAACUACUUUUCUACUGCCAUUUCAUUUUGGCUCUCAACUAUCGAUGACAAUAGAAUGUUUACAAAGCCCGAACAACAAACAUUAAAAACCAAUCAGGUUUCUAAAAUCAGUAGAUGCGCAGUUUGCAUGAGAAAGACACAUACAUCAUUGAAUCCGACGUACGUACGGCCAGCCUCGGUGGGAUCGAUACCAAACGCUAUAUAUAAACGACCGAGAUACCCAACGCGAGGACGCUUCCGAACCUACACAGGUCGAAAAAGAUAUAUUCAAAAGAGGAAACCGUGAACAAGAUUUCAAAAUAUAUAAGUACGUACUU